UUGGUGACAAAUUUCAGUCAGAGUGUGAACCGUUGAAAAUGGAUAAAUCUGCUCCACAGGGUGUAGCGGGUGCUCCAAACGAAGCUGCACUCCUGUCUUUAAUGGAAAGAACUGGUUAUUCAAUGAUACAACAGAAUGGACAGCGUAAAUACGGAGGCCCACCACCUGUAUGGGAGGGUAUAGCGCCCGUACGUGGAUGUGAAAUUUUCAUUGGAAAAAUUCCACGGGAUUGUUACGAAGAUGAGCUUGUACCCGUUUUUGAAAAAAUUGGAAAGAUCUAUGAAUUUCGUCUGAUGAUGGAUUUUUCUGGAUCUAAUCGUGGUUAUGCAUUUUGCAUGUACACUAACAAACAAGAUGCUUCACGCGCAAUUAAGGAGCUGAAUAAUUUUGAAAUAAGGAAGGGACGUCUUCUUGGCGUAUGCUCAAGUGUGGAUAAUUGCCGGUUAUUUGUUGGUGGCAUUCCAAAAGCAAAACAGCGUGAGGAAAUAUUAGCAGAGAUGCAUAAAGUGACCGAUGGUGUAGUAGACGUGAUUGUCUAUCCAUCGGCAGUAGACAAGACGAAGAACCGUGGCUUCGCUUUUGUGGAGUACGAUUGUCACCGUGCGGCAGCAAUGGCAAGAAGAAAAUUAAUUCCAGGAAGGAUACAGCUAUGGGGUCAUCAGAUUGCUGUCGAUUGGGCCGAACCAGAACAAGAUGUGGACGAUGAUACUAUGUCAACUGUUCGGAUAUUAUAUGUUAGAAAUUUAAUGCUCAAUACUAGUGAAGAAACAAUAAAGGAAGUAUUUGAAAAAGCAGUUGAGAAGGAAGACUGUAUUGAAAGAGUGAAAAAAUUGAGAGACUAUGCAUUUGUGCAUUUCAAAACACGAGACGACGCCCUUAAAGCUAUGGAAUCUUUGGAUGGUUCCACGCUGGAGGGCUCAACACUAGAAGUGGUGCUAGCAAAACCUGUGGAUAAAAAUGAUUUUUCAAGAGUGCUUCGUGGAAAUAAAAGCGCUGUUUCUGAGGAAAAUGAUGCAAAGACUGUUGUACCACAGGUAUAUGGAUACCAGUACGAAGCUCCAUUUACAACUCCAGCAUUUUAUAGCCAGUACGUAUCGCCAGGAAUGAGAGGUGUCCAGCGAGGUGCAAUUGGAAUUCGUGGCAUUCUUCGCGGGCGGGGUCGAGGGGCCGCAGGGUCACGAGGGGCAGGAGGAACUCGCGGCUAUACCACAGCAACCUUCGCUGUUCGUGAUGGAUACAAAAAACACCCAGUGGAAAUCUUGGAUGAGAUGUGUCAGAAGAAUGGCUGGGGCACACCAAUAUACCAGCUUCACUCUGCUGUACACAGAGAAGGUGCAGGGGAUAUGCAGCUAUUCCUCUUCAAGGUAACCAUUCCAGCUCUGGCCUCGCAGAACCCAAAUCCAUUUCAGCCGAAUAAGCUGUGUCGUUCAGUGGAAGAAGCUAAGUCAUAUGCAGCAGAAUAUGUCCUUGCACAGUUAGGACUUCCAGUAGAAAGUGCUGAGAUAACUGCUACCCCGACAAGCCCUUACCAAGGACGCCCAAUUUACCCCAAUGGUGCUCAAACUUUUGCACCUGCCUUGCCUAUAGUUACGAGUGCCUCGUAUGUGGUUACUCCUGGGAAAGUAGUACAAAAUCCAGAAUAUCCUGGAGCGUAUGAGUACCAGACUGGUUACCCCACCUCACAGCCACCUCCUGUAUAUGGACACCAGUAUUGAUGUCUGUAGCAAUGGAUAUCCAGUCAUUGUGAGCAGUACUUAUGUAGGACUGCAAGCUUGAAGCUCGCCCUCGUAUUAUUUUGUUGUUUGGGUUGUGUUUAAUAUACAUAUAUGACUCCUAUUUCUCUUGCCUAAAUAUAUGUGUAUUGUUGAUUUUUUUUUUUUUUCUGUUUGUUUUUAGUUUUCCUUGGUUCACAAGUUUGAUGCAUAUCAUAACGAGUUUUGCCUUUGAGAUGGAGAUCCAUUAUUUAUUGAGUGAUAUAGGUGCUGCUUGCUUGUGAAAUAUUUACUAUUGCACGGUUUUACUAUUUAAAACAGUUUUAAUGUGCUUGUUGUUAAACUGUAUUUAUGUUUAGGAAACCACUCUUUACCCAUAUAUUGUAUUUUACUGGUUAUUUACUUCAUUUGUUUCAAGAUGGAACAUUCAUCAUUUACAUACAUGUACUUGUAGAUAAGCACAAGAGCAGUGUUCUUGUGGUCACUGAUAUAUUUAUAUUAUCGACUAAAACAAAGUGCUUUUCACACUUGCUGAUACUCAUUUUUAACAAAUGUUUUGUUUACAGAAAGAUAAGAUUUGCUGCAGAAAUAUUAAAUAACUGGUGAUUACACAGUUCUGUAAGAAAAUAAAUUUGUUAAAAUGGUUUAAUUCCCAUCUUGCCUCUGAAAAUGUGAAUCAAAAUGCAUGUGGAUUUUUGUUUAGUUUUUUUUAGUCAUUUAUUAUUUAUACACAUUCCAUUUCCAAAUAUAUGGUGCCAUUUACCACAAAACGAAACUGAUAAGUACUGUAACAUUCCACUUAAUAAAUGUUCUAAUUUUUUAAUUAUUAUUUAUACCGUAUAUAUUUUUAUUGUUAGGUUUGGGGGUUUUGGGGGUGGGGAGGUUUGGCAAAGAAACGUGUAUAAAUUUUUACUUUUAACAAAUAAAGCUAAGAUAUUUGUUUUUGAUUUUUUUUUUUUUUUUUUAAAUUGAAAUCUUAUAGAUCACUGAUUUCUGAUCAUGGUUGUUUUACAUUAAUGUUCUUUUGAACAUAAUAGUACAACAUUUCUAUGUUAUUUGGUUUAAAUCUGGACAUUUGUUUUAUUUGGUUUACUUGCAAAAUGUGCAAAUUGAAAUUUCUUUGUUAUAUAUUUUCUUAUAUGUUUAUUAUAUUUGUAUGUUUCCACUCCAGGCCAAAAUUAACAAAUAAUAUUGGGCAAUGCUGUCUACAUUUUGUCUUCCUCAGAAUUUCAUAUUACAUUUUAUAAAUCAGAUAAUAAAGGUGUUGCUGACUGAAUUCCUAAAUUCCACUAGAAUAAUGUAAUAUCAAUAUUUUAGAAUUCCAUCUAAUAGUCUGGGGUUCGUGGAGCCACGGAAUCCUGAUAAAUUUGCAGUCUGUAUACAUAACAUAGCCACGAUUGUCAAGUACUAUAUUGUUGCCAUACAUCAGCAUGCAGAAGGUUGAUUUAUAAAAAAGAAGAGCGAGUAUAGAUGAUAAUAGGAUAUAAAAGUUGUUCCAGAGAACUUAAAAAGAGUUGAACAUUUUGGAAUAAUUUGAUAUUCCUAGAGUCUGUGCUUAGUAUUUUGUUAACAGUAUUUAUCAUAGAAUACAUCUAUUUCUAGACAGGAUAUAUAUAGCUUAAUGAGAUCUGACAGAUCCUAAGAUUGCCAGACCCUUCGGAUAGAUCACCCACAGUGACUAAGUAGGUAUCUUCCCCCACGUUAUCCCAUGACUGAUAUAUAUGUCAGGGGAAGUGCAUGAAGAAAAUCUUUUGCUGGUAUUUAGUAAGAGUACCGAUAGCCUGCAUGGUGCUGGUAGGUUUUCAUUUAUUUGUGGGGUUAGCUCCUUGAAACCAAUAUUAGUUGCCAUUGUUGCUGGAUUACUAAGUAAAAAUACAGUUAAUAUGGUUUUAAAAAAAAAGAAAAAAACAAUCCUUAAAUUACAUGUAGUUUUAUGUGUUGGUAUACUUUAGUCAUGUGCCACUGGUCUACUUAAUGUUUCAGUUACAUGAUGUAGUUUUAUUAAUAUGAAGGGAAGUUCUCAUUUAUGAUCAUAAAAAACUUGCUAACUUAAUAUUUGAGUUACGUGGUGUAGUUUUAUUAAUAUGAAAGAAAGUUUGCAUUUAUGAUCAUUAAAAACCUGCUAUGAUUUUAUGAAACAAGCUUUAAAAAAUAUAAUUUUAUCAUUCUUAAAUAAAUCUGAUGCAAACAUAACAUACCAGGGAUGUGAUGUUUUCACUUUUUAUCCGAUUUCAGCUUCUUUGUGUUAAAUUACUUUCACAAAGUAGAUUGGAUUUAAUCUGAAAUGCUGAAAAAUUACCUUUAUUUAGGUAUAGUGUACAUAGAAGUCUCAGCUUUUAAAAAAUCAUUUCAACUUUUAUUUUCAAAUGGGUAUAUCAUCCCUGGAUAUGGACAUUACACAUUCCAAUGUGCCAAAUAUUUGGAGUUAUUUGAAUACAAUUUGAGAGUUCAAAACAUCAGUAAUUCACAGUAUUAGAUAAAUAAUUUUAGAGGCAAGAAUACAGUCAAAAUAUGAGGUAAAUCAAAUUGUGGCAAGUAUGUAAGAAAUAAAAUGUGUUUACGUUUUACAUAGAGUUUUAUUGCUCAAGUUGUUUCUUGCCAUUGUUUUAACACUUGUUGACAUUUUAUUGCAGUUUGUUAUCUUUAUUCUUGUUAGUAUGCAGGUAUUGACACUGUUACAUGCAUAAUCACUCUGUAAAGAAUUGUUGAUAAAAAUUAACAGUUGAUUGUUAUAUGUUUAUCUAGAUAAUUUUUACAGGUUUUUAUUUUGGUACUAAUAAAGACUGUCCAUUCUUGUGUAAAUUGUAAUCGUAAUUAAUUUACUGUACACUAAUAAACAUUGGAGAAAUAAAGUAUUAUUAAGGUUGAUGACGGACACUUGCUGCACCAUCAUUUUGGCUUUGGUACACAUUAAAUAUACCAUUAUACCAUAAUUUUACUUCAUGUACAUAUUAUUUCGUAACUGGUACAAUUUCUUUUACAUGUAUAACUCCAUUUCUACAAACAUUGUUUGAUACAUUUAAUAAUCUUUGAACAAAAAACUUUCAAUGUCAAUUUUACACUGAUAGUUUACCAUCAUUUUAAAAAUGGAAGUGUCAUGCACCCAGUUUAUUGCUAUUGAAGGAAGAUGCAAAGUGAUGUCAUUUGAAUACUGGCGUUAUUCCACUUUAAAAAAAAUAAAUUAUUAUUACCGUGCUUUGCCGCAUUGGAAAAAGCUGGUCUACUUCCUUUCUCCUAUGCCUAUGAUGCCAUAUAACUGUAAAUAAAAUGUGUUGAGUGCGUCGUUAAAUAAAACAUUUCUUUCUUUCUUUCUUUACUUCCUUUCUCCUGUCAAAAUAGUUCCUAGUUCUAUAAUGAACAGACAAUACUGUUUAAAUAUUGGUAUGUUUUUAUUUUUCAUAAUUGUAGAUAAAAUAUGUUUACUUUUAAAGAGAGAUAAAAAAAACAACAACCAUAGAACCAUUCAUCAAAAGCAACAUUAAAAAAUUACAGUAAGAUGUAUUAUAUUUACUACCCGGUAUGUACGAAACCAAAACGAUGGUGCAGCAAUUGUGUUCUAAAUCAUAAAUAUUCCUGCUAUGUCACUCCAUAAUUAGGAGCUUAAUGAAGAAAUCUUAUCUUAAUUAUGGUGAAUCCUUAAUUACUACAAUAGAUACACUAAUAAUUCAUGAGAACUAUUCAUAAUUCAUGAGAACUAUUCAUAGAGUUUUUGGGAUAAAAGAUCGUAUAAUCAUAUGUUCAUGAACAUAUUUUAGAUUUUAAUGAAGGAACUCUUAAUUAUGGUAAAUGCUUCAUUACUACAGUGAAUGUAACAGGAAUUCAUGAUAACUUAUUAAUAUCAAUUUAAGGGUACUUAGUUUCCUUACAACAUGAAUUAAUAUGGUAUUUUUGGCUAAAAUUUGUCAUUUAAAAUGGUAAUUUUUACACACAAAUAUUUCUGAGCAUAUUCAUUACAUACACUCGCCAAUCCAAAAUCAUAUUAUUUUUACUUGGAAACGAAAUGUUCUGAAUUUUCAAACACUAACAAUUCAAUGUACGUAUUUGUAAAAGGACAUUUAAAUUGUGGUCAUUCCAGACACUUCCACAACCAAGAAAGUAAAGAUAGACAGAAAUUAAUAUAAGCCAAAAAUAUCAAUGUUGUAAGAGGAACAAUGGAUCUUUUAAUUCCACAGAGCUCUUGACAUGGAAGAUGCAUAAUAUUCAGUAUUUUAAUGAAGAAAUCCUAAUUAUGGUGAAUGUGUCGUGUCAUCCAAUUAUAUCUAUUGAUAACCAGUUAAAUUUAGAAGAGCUCAUAUGAUUAGACUGUAAUUAGUUUAUUUUUGAACUCUUAAAAUUGCGCCAUUUUGACUUGUUCUGUAGGAAAGUGUGGAGUGAGGUAAUGUCCCUGUACCUUUUCACUAAGACCAUCUUCGGUAUUCAUAUAACUAGUUUUCAGAUCAUUCACUCUUACAGGGCUUUAAGAAAUGAAAGUUUGCACAAAUAAAUUCAGGUAGUCUAUUGCCUUUUGCAUAACCUGUUAUGUCCAUGUAAAUGUUGCUCUAAAUUUUGUGCAAACAAAAAAUAAACUUAGAUAUGUGUGAGAAACACGCAAAGGAAAUGCUCAUUCUCGCAAUUCUCAGAGACCUGGGGCCUAACUCACUAAACUCGUGCAAUGUGCUAAAAGACUUGCAAAGAGGAUGCUUUGUUGUCUAGCAGAGCCUAAGAGAGCUUUGUGAAUUAGGCCCAUCUCACAGUGCAAUGCUAAAAGACUUGCAAAGAGGAUGCUUUGUUGUCUAGCA